AUGCGUGAGAUCAGGUCGACUCUCUCCCAGCAGCAGGAGCAGAUUCAUCAGCUGCAGGAGCAGUUAACGGAAUCACCAGAAACGGCAGCGGACACAGGGGGAAGUGGUGCGGAGGUGGCUGACCGUGAUGCGCUUACCUUCGCCGACAUACAGUCCUUUGAGCGUCGUGUCUGCCGUGUUGUGCUCAACGCUGUGAAUGAUCUACCUGUCGUGCUGCGCCGCGGCAUUGACGACUUCGGAACGCUGGAGCUUCUGUGUCUUUGUGGCGGCGGUGACGUGGGCACCCGUGUGCGGGAGCGCUGGGCCGCCUUCAAGCGUUUCUUCCCGCUGCUCUCGGGCGACUACGCGACAGUGCGGGGUCUACUGGCGACAGGCGACGCGCCGCCCACAGCACGUGCGCGCGAGGCACUCGUGCGCUUUGCUGGCGUCAUUAGGCGCAUUCAGCGCAUGACAGACGGCGAGAUCGUGCAGAUCACGAUGUAG